CGUUUGAACCUCCACGCUCCGUGCGUUCAUGUCGGUGUCCAUCUCCAGCGUUCCUGUCAUGCUGAAGGAGAAGAGCUACCAAGCCGAGAUGCAGAAGAGCAGUCCUGUCCGCGGAUUCUUUCCUAGCCCUUAUCCCUAUAUGGACUUCCUCCCCCGGACACACGGCCUCCUCCACCCGCUCAAGUCGCUCGGUCGACUGGUGUCCGACGCCCGGGCGUCCCUGCCCCUCGCGUUUCACGGAGGCGCGGCUCCGUUCCUCGGUCACAGCGCCCACAGCGCGUCAGGCUUGCCGUACACCAGCCAGGUGUUUCCCGGAUACGCUCUGUGCUCCAGGCCGGAGGAGCUUGCCGCGGUAGUGACGGAGCACGCCGCCGGUCCGCUGUCCUCGGACUUCAGCAGCCCGUCCAGCGUCAGUUCUCCAUCCGCCUCCUCCUCCAUCAGUUCACCGCCCAAGUUGAGUUUGUUUCGGCCGAACACUGUAGAUCUGUCCCCGGAGAAAAAGGUUACAUCCUUUAACUUCAGCAAGGAGGACUUGUUCAUGGUGCUUUAUGGUUACUCUGGGGGCCAGGAGAGCUGCGGGGGCCACGCUAUAUCUGGAGUGACCCUGCAGGAAAACUCAGCUUUUGAUUCCACCAUUUCCCUACUGGACAAAGAAACUCUUGAGCUUCCAGAGGGACUGAUUGUCCUCCAGGCUGCGUGGGGAAGUAUCUACCACUGUGGAGUUUUUACAGAUAAGGUCAGCAUCCCUAAAGGCACACGUUUUGGACCUUUCCAAGGAAAACUUGUCAACACCAGUGAGAUCAAAACAUAUGAUGACAACACCCUGAUGUGGGAGGUGUUUGAGAAUGGUCGGCUGAGUCAUUUUGUAGACGGCAGAGGCACUUCUGGAAACUGGAUGUCUUUGGUGAAGUGUGCUCGGUUUCCUGAGGAGCAGAACUUGAUUGCAGUGCAGGUCCAGGGUCAGAUCUUCUAUGAAGCCUGCAAGGAGAUCACACUGGGUCAGGAGCUUCUGGUGUGGUACGGAGACUGUUACACGCAGUUUCUCGGAAUCCCACUCACACUGAAGGACCCCAGAGAGGACAACAACAACAGUAGUUCCCCAAAUGAAGAUUCCGGAGAGGGCUUCAAGUGUGACAGAUGUGGGAAGGUGUUUGCAUACAAAUAUUACAGAGACAAACACCUGAAGUACACACGCUGUGUUGACCAGGGGGACAGGAAGUUUCCCUGUCACCUAUGUAAGAGGUCCUUUGAGAAGAGGGACAGGCUAAGGAUCCACAUUCUGCAUGUGCACGAGAAACACAGACCUCACAAGUGCUCUGUGUGUGGGAAGAGCUUCUCCCAGUCCUCCAGUCUUAACAAACAUAUGCGGGUCCACUCUGGAGAGCGACCAUACAAGUGCGUCUAUUGCAACAAAGCAUUCACUGCUUCCAGCAUCCUGCGGACGCACAUCCGCCAGCACUCCGGAGAGAGGCCCUUCAAGUGCAAGCACUGCGGAAAGGCCUUCGCCUCCCACGCCGCCCACGACAGCCACGUCCGCCGGACCCACGCCAGAGACAAGCCGUUCCUGUGCGAGCUGUGCGGGGCCACUUUUCAGGAGGAGCAGGAGCUGAAAUACCACGAGAAAAUCCACAACAAGAGGCAAGUCGACACCCUCACUGUUCCACAUUCUUCGGGAACUGGACUGCAGGAGGAAAACUCUGGGCUCCCAGUGAAGGAAAUCCAAAAAGCACAGAAGAACCCAGGGCAAAGAUUUCCAAAUUAUCCCGGGUUAACACUUUUAAACUCUGAUUAUCGGCCCUGGAACUAGACCACACAGAAAAAGGGAAACAGAAUGAUUACGGUUGUACAACCUUAUUUAAAAGCAAACACAAUUAUUUAAAUGGUUUGGCAUCUAUUUAUGUUAUACGUUAUUAUGUGGCUUAAAGCUAUCUCUCUAAAAUAGCCUUCAUUAGUCAAGCAGGUAUUAUUAUUAUUAUUAUUACUUUAUCAUUAAGGCUUUUUUGUAAUUUCUGUGUUUAGUUGAUUAUAAAUUUGAUGUAAAGUGUAUUUUUGUCGAUUUUAUUUAUAAGUCUUAAGUAUGUCACCAUUUCUUUUAUGAAAAAGAAGUCUGCAAAGCAAACCGACAGCACUGGUUUCCUU